CCAAUUCCCACUUUAUCAUCUCUCUCUCUCUAGUACAUCCCUCUCUCUCUCUCUUCCCAUCUCUCUUUCUCUCUCUAAGAUUUUGUACAGGAUGGCGUCAUUACAAUCACUAGCUUUCUCUUCCCCAAUAUCUCAUUGUUCUCACCAGCCUCGCUCUAUUCCAGUAGGCUUGUCGAUAGGGGCUUUCCACUCUAGCGCAAGCUCUUCGUUUAACGGCCAAUCGUUACACCUACCACGCUCGAGUUCCCCCAAAAUCAGCCAAACCAACAAGAACACAUCCAGGCUCACUAUUAUGAUGGUGAAACCCGCAAUUCAGUUCAUUCAAGGCAUCGACGAACAGACAAUCCCAGACGUAAAGCUAACGAAAUCGAGAGACGGGAGUAACGGGAUGGCCAUAUUCGCCUUCAACGAACCCUCCGUUUUCGACUCGUCGAGCGUGGUCGGUGACAUCACAGGCUUCUACAUGAUCGAUGAGGAAGGCGUGCUUCAGUCGGUCGAUGUGAACGCAAAGUUCGUGAACGGUAAACCUGCUGGAGUCGAGGCUAAGUAUAUCAUGCGGACCCCACGAGAGUGGGACCGGUUCAUGAGAUUUAUGGAGCGGUACGCCAAUGCCAAUGGUUUGUCCUUCGUCAAGAAAUGAUCCUUUUUUUUCGCUCGUAAUUUUUUUUUCCCGAUUUUCUUGAUGCAGUGUAAGUAGGGUGAAAAUUCAAGUAUUGAUGACUUGAGAGAUGAUUUAUUGUGGAAGGCAAAUUUGUUUCGAUAUAUAUGAAGGGUCUUUUCGGCUUU